CCAAUGCUGCCACGAAUAACUUGCAUUUUUCCUGUUCAUCGUUGGUCCCCGUCGCUGAUGCUGUGUGUGAAUGCAUAAAGCACACGGCCUGACACCCACACAUCAAACAACGAUCAUCUCUCUGGAAAACAAACCCCAGGCUCGUACCAGUGGCAUGAAUGUCAUUAUCUAUGUGGUCGUUUUCCUGGCUGCUGUGUCCAGGGUCUCGCUGGGUCUGCCCUCACAGUCCAUUCCCCACAGAUCUGAUAGCGCGGUUGUGGUGUCAGACGGCCGCACAAACAACCACACACGCCAGGCCCGCUCCGCUGAUCCUCCUUCCAGGCAGCUCAGCAACCCCAACCAAGCCCAGGAAGACGUGGAGGCUUUAAACACCUUGAGACAGCUACUGGCCAGACUCAUCUCCAGGAAAGGCCUGCCCUACCAAAGCAGAUCGUCCAUCACGAGCAGAGCCAGCGGUCUCGCACCCCAGCACAGGAUAAAUAACAGAGAUUACGAGGGAUGGUUGGACUUUGGAAGACGCAGCGCAGAGGAGUACGAAUACUCCUAAAAGCAUGACUUGCCAUCUUCAAAUGCAGAGCUACAACCCUCAACAUUGCCAAAAAGGCCAUCCCCGCCGCCCACCCUGCACUUCCCGCAACACACGUGAGCGUAGUAGAGUGUAUGCACUUGUCCCCAAAAUGAUUCACACCCUGGACAAAUCUUCAGGUAAAGGGAUUUUUAAUAAAAAGUGACACUCCAAAUUGUGUAAAUGAAAUUAUGCAUAUCACUGACAAUUUUGAGGAAAUAAAUGAGGGAAUUUGCACUGUCCUUUCUCCAUUUUCCUUUUCGGCUUUUCAACUGAUAUCAUUGUGAAAGGGUGUAGGGUAUCAAUAUGGACUGGGAGGCCAGGUCAGCUGACUCUGCUGUUCUCCUUUUGGAUAAUAACAUUUCCAUGACGUUUGAAGUUGCAACAUCCACUGUACAGUUGUGGAUGGGAUAAAUAUUUACGUUAACGUCAGCUACAAAUCAAAAUAGAUCCAUGUUGAGCUCCUACGGCGAGAGAUGGGUCAUGAUAUCACGGGGUUUACAUACGAUGUGGACAGAGUCUGCACCAGGGGUGCACCGGUACGGCACGAUCCGUAACUCAGGAUUUGGGCUACGGUGUUAGUACGCAUUUUGAGAAAACAACUUUUUUUCCUCCCAGGAAAUUAUUUAUUAUUAUUCAAAGAUUUUUUUAAAAUGACGCGUGAAAAUGAAAUUGCAACCUAGCGGCAUGUAAUUUUCCAGUAAUUUAAACAUAGAAAUAUUUUAUAAUUACAUACAGAAUAAUGGAAGGAUGUGGGGGCCACUUUCACGUGUACAUUAAAGAUGGUAAAACCAAUCCAAUGUAGGUAUAUUAUACUCUACUAUAAUACAGUAGUAAUUAAGUAAAGUAAUAUCUAAUAAUAUAUCUCAUUAGAAAGAAGAACAAGCUGCCGGCCGAAAAUGGACCUUGGGCCGCACUUUGGAUACCCCUGGUGUUUUUUUUUUGUGCAACAGUAAGAGUUUGAACAGGGUGAUGAUUAUUUUAUUUUCUGUAAAGUUCAUUACCUGAAGCACGGUUGUUAAUAGUUGCGGCUUGCAAAACUGUUCUCAUCUCUACUGAACUACUGUCCCUCUGUCGGCAAAUGCCUCGCCUUUUUGUCCGCUUUUAGGCAGAUGAGGAGGGCUUUUCGCCAGCCUGGGCAUGAGCGCACACACACACACACACACACACAGUGCAAAAUGUAUUGAAACACGUGGUCCAUCCCAUAGGAACAUUUCAGUGCUCAAAGCUUGCUUUUCUGCAGCUCCGAAGACAAAUUUCAGAUUCUAAUCUCAGCCUCAUUUUAGUUCCUAUUUUGCCUAAAUAUGCUUCUCCUGAAAUGCACCAGGAGAAAUAAAGUGAGACGGGUUGUCCUGUGCAGAGAAGACCGAAGGGUUGAGUAUUUUACCAUAUACCAGUACAUCCUUCGUAUGCACAGCACACAGGGAUGAAGUAUUUUGGCGUCAGACUCACAGUACACCGAAUUUGAGCUGGCUCUGUUGCAAGGCUGUUCUUUCUCUCCUAACACAACAUAUUUUGCUAUACUUUAUUCAGUCUUUUCCAUCCAGGGUAAUAGAAAGUCGCUUUAUAUGAAAAUGUAGCCAGGGUAUGAAUCAUCUUGGGGUUAACAGUAUAUACUGGACAGUAUUUAUGUGUGGAAAAGUCAUCCCAUGAAUACAUACUGCUGUAAAUCUUGAUGCUGAGAUUAGAAGCACUUUUAAACUACAAAAAUAGACACCAGAAAUGAAAACCAUACAGUUUAUUUAAUUUCCCUCCACCCCAAUGCGCAGAUAUUAUGUACAGUGAGAUCCCAUUAAAAAAAUUUAUCUC